CCCCCCCCCCCAAAAAAAAAAAAAAUCUCAGUGCAUCUCGGCUCGCUGCUCCGGGAACCUGCUGCUUUCCCCCUUCCCGCUCGGCUCUUUGCUCUCGGCUUCCUACCUGGAGGAUUUUGUCUUGGGGGGGGCUCCUGGAGGUCUCCCCCCCUUUGAAGCCGCCCUCUUUCUUAACCCCCCCCCCUUCCCUCCGUGCUUUCAAUGCUGGUGGAAGAUUCCCCCCUUGCAACAUGAAGGUCCUCGGCUGGGUCCGCCUCGUCCUUAGCCAGUGGCUCGUGCAAAAGGUUGUAUGUGUGGAAGGCCAUAUGACCAAGACCCUGAACUACCUGGAGAUGAGUCCCUCUAGCGUCUUGAAACCUGGGUCAUAUGGCACUGCUUUGAAACCUCACCCGCUCAGCCCUACUCGGAUAUUUCCUGGUGAGCCGUCCAAAGCCAAGGUGGACCCAUACGGCGGUGCCCUGAAUCCAUGGGACUGGAGUAAGAACCAGACAGCCAUGGAGCACUUCAACCAGCGAGCCAAGAGGAAGCCCUCUUUGAAAGCUGGACGUACCAAGAAGAUCUUUGGCUGGGGGGACUUCUAUUUCAACAUUAAGACUCUCAAAUUUAGCCUGCUGGUGACAGGCAAGAUUGUGGAUCACAUUAAUGGCACCUUCAGCGUCUACUUCCGGCACAACUCCUCCAGUUUGGGCAAUGUUUCCGUGAGCAUUGUGCCCCCCACCAAGGUGGUGGAGUUUGAUGUCUUGGUUCCUUCUAUCCAAACCCAACAUCUCCACCCCCAGCAGUCUACCUUAGCCGAUCCCAAGGAAUCCAAGACCUUCAACUGCCACGUGGAGUACGAGAAGACCAACCGGGCACGCAAGAACAAACCCUGCCUCUACGACCCUUCCAAAAUCUGCUUCACUGAGCACACGCAGAGCCACGCGGCCUGGCUCUGCGCCAAGCCUUUCAAAGUCAUCUGCAUUUUCAUCUCGUUCUUCAGCAUUGACUACAAGCUGGUUCAGAAGGUCUGUCCAGAUUACAACUUCCAGAAUGAGAAUCCCUAUUUUGGCUGAUGAGGGGAUGGACUUGAGAGGGAUGGGGAUGUGAGAAUUAAAGUUGUGGGAUUUUUUUUUUCCUAGAAAAAAAACCCAGGGCUGGAAAAAAAAAACUUUUGUCUGGUGGGGAAAGAGCAAGAGGAGAGGCCUACGCUUGGUGGAAGAGAAACAGCCAGUUCAGAAAAUAAACAGGAAGCUGCUCCAUCAGAUGGACAUCCCCUUUCCACGGCCACUGGACUUCCAACAUCUUGAGGAAGAUGGAAAUUGGCCCCAGGGACACUGUUGCUUUCGUUCCCCCAUCUGUACCUUUCCUGAUGCUGUUUGGGGUAUCUCAUAGGGGUACCCUGCAAUACGAAGAAAUGACUUACUGUGGCUGUACCUAUUUUGUGUAUAAAUGAACCCUGCUGCGUCCGUGGGGUUAUUAUUAUUAACCAUAAAGAGCACACCCCUCAGGAUCAUAAUCUUCUGUGCAGAAUGUCAAAGUCCUGUGAGCAGCCAAAGGGUGUCCAACUUUGGCUGGAUCACAGAUUGUCAAGAAGAUGAUCUGAAGAUGGACAGUCCAGACUGGGGGGUGCAGAAGGUGGUGUAUUAACCUGUUGUGCCCCUUGCCUCUUGCCAAAUGCUCCAGAAUGAAAAGGCUUUAGGGAUGGCAGCACUGGUUAGAAAUUGCCCUCUGCACAAAAUUCCUCUGUUUGAAAAGUACAGAAAUAUAGUGUAGACAGUCUAGGUCCUAUGAACUAAGAGGAAGGUGGGGUGCAUAUGGAGUGAAAUCAAAUCACAAGGAGUUCAGUAUGUAAACUUUAUGGGGAAAAAUUAGGUGCAUUUCUUGGGGUUGAAAGACAGGCCAGUGUGUGUGAAAGUGAAAUCUUAUGCGUUCAGAAAGUCCAAGAAACUGUGCAAGUUCAGUGUGAGAGGAUGCGCUUUAGCAGACAUCAUAUUUGUGUGUGCAAUUUAGGAGGCGUGUGUCAGCAUACGCAACCAGGUACCUGCUAGAUUCUGAGUUGGAUCUAACUAGUUUUGCCAUUGAAGGAGAGCCAGCGUGGUGUAGUGCUUAAGAGCAGAUGGAUUCUAAUCUGGAGGGCUGAGUUUGAUUCCCCACUCCUCCACCUGAGUGC